AUGUCGACCACCUCCCUCGGAGCGAACAUGUCUCCGACCAGUUCCCAUAUGCGCUCUAUGACCAUCUCGAAAGGCAACACUGUCUCCACCGUGCUCAUAACCACCGCUCUGGACGCUAUCCAGGCCUCAAGAGACGCCAAGCGUUCACAACCUCUUCGCGAGAGCGUUCAUCGGGCUCUGGAGCUCGUUCGAGCAGGAAUGGGAGGCGAUAGGCCUCGCGAGAUAUUCGAGCCCCUUCGACUGGCUUGCGAAACACGCAACGAGAAACUCAUCAUCGCCAGCUUGGACUGCAUCUCCAAGCUCAUUUCAUACUCUUUCUUCGUCGAGACGAACCCUUCACCACAACCCAUCUCGCUACCCUCGCCACCCCCGUCUCCGACUCUGAACGGUCGCGCUUCAAUCUCGAGCGCACACCCUCCAAACCUUCCCGAACCGUCCCUAAUUGACCUCGUCGUACACACCAUCACCCAAUGCCACACCGAAACCACUGCAGACGCCAUCUCCCUCCAAGUCGUCAAAGCCCUUCUCGCGCUGGUCCUCUCAUCCACCAUCCUCGUCCACCAAUCCUCGCUCCUCAAAGCCGUUCGAACCGUUUACAACGUCUUCCUCAUGAGCACAGACCCGGUAAACCAGACCGUCGCGCAGGGCGGGUUGACGCAGAUGGUGCAUCACAUUUUUGGGAGGUGUAAGACUGCGUUGGAUUUGGUGAAGGAGGCAACGGAGUCGACGGCUUCGUUGGUGGGGAAGGCAGAGAUGGAGGGCGCGGUGUUCCCGAAGAGGAGGAGUACGUUUAGGCCUGCGACGCCGGAUACGGGCAAGGCGCAGUCUUUGUCUUCGAGGGAUGAGGUUUCGAGUGUGGCGGACGAGUCUGUGAAUGGAGAGGAGAAGGCGACGGAGGAACAGAGUGGGGAGGGGACUGCGGCUACCGCCGCUGAGGGAGAGGCACAACCAGACGGCAAUGUCCACCCUGAGCCGAAUGGUUCGUUGACGGUGAAAACGAGCGAAGCAGGAAAUAUGCCUUUAUCGGCAUCAGCCAUUGUGGAGGAUGAUGGGUUGUACGCCUCGGAUGGUCAUGACACCGGCUUGAACGCUGCUCAUCGGCCACUGACAACGUCAGAACUCUUCCUCAAAGAUGCCUUUCUCAUCUUCCGCUCAAUGUGUAAGCUAACCAUGAAGUCUCUCGUCACCGAGAGCGAACGUGAAAUGAAGUCCCACGGCAUGCGAUCGAAACUCCUCUCAUUACACAUGGUCCUCAUCAUCCUCAACUCCCACAUGGACAUCUUCGUCAACCCAUACUCGAUGGUCUAUUCCAGCAGCUCUCGAGACCCGGUCCCGUUCAUCCAGAUGGCGAACCAAUACUUGUGUUUGACGCUCAGUCGGAACGCGGUCAGCCCGGUGCCGCAGGUAUUCGAGGUUAGCGUGGAGAUCUUCUGGAGGGUACUUUCGGGCUUGAGGACGAAGCUGAAGAAAGAGAUUGGGGUUCUGUUCCAUGAGAUUUUCAUCCCGGUGUUGGAGUUGAAGACGUCGACGUUGAAGCAGAAGUCUGUUAUUCUGGGGAUGUUGUCCAGGUUGUGUCAAGACCCCCAGGCUCUCGUCGAGAUAUUCUUGAACUACGACUGCGACAGCAAGGCGAUUGACAAUAUCUACGAGCACCUCAUGAAUAUCCUCACGAAGAUCGCUGCCGCGUCGAUCUCCGCCGCCUCCCAACGCACCGCCAACGACCCCACCGCGAGUCCCGGUCUCCACCCCACCAAAUCACAACACAACCACAACUCCAACAUUGCUCCCUCUCUCAGCACAUCCGCACUCUCGGUCCCCGGAUCUCUCGACACCACGACGCUCGGACAGUCUGAACAGCAGCUCCGACGACAGGGGCUCGAGUCUCUGGUCGCCGUUCUGAGGUCUUUGGUGGCUUGGGGCACGGCGUCGGGGAAGAGCGCGGCUGAUGUGGCGAAGGAGGCGAGAGCUUCGUCGGCUUCGGCGAGGGGUGAGGCGAUGUCGGAGGAUAGGGACAGGGAGAGGAGGGGGAGUGCGAGCGGGAGCAUGGCGGAGGGGAUUUCGCCGGAUCAGUCGCAGUCGCAGUCGAUGGAGAGGUUGAGCAUGGCUGCUGUGGCUGCGAAUGGGGCCAACGGAGCGAGUAAUGGGGCGGCGACGGAUAUGAGCGGGUCGACGAGGGCGAAUACGCCGGAUGUGUAUGGGGCGGGGGCGUUGGCGGAGGAUGACCCGAGUAGGUUCGAGAGCGCGAAGCAGAAGAAGACGACGUUGUUGGAAGGGAUCAAGAAGUUCAAUUUCAAGCCAAAGAGGGUAUGUUGUGCUCUGUUUUCAGCUCUGUUGCACAUUGGCAUCUCGUUCUUGAUCGAGACGGGCUUCAUUCCGAGCAAGGAACCGCAGGAUAUCGCGAGGUUCCUCUUGAACACGGAUGGGCUUAGCAAGACCAUGAUCGGCGAGUAUCUCGGCGAAGGCGACGACGAGCACAUUGCGACCAUGCAUGCCUUCGUUGACCUGAUUGACCUCCGCAAUAUGCCUUUCGUCGAUGCUCUUCGGGCAUUCUUGCAGGCCUUCCGUCUCCCCGGCGAAGCACAGAAGAUCGAUCGGUUCUUGUUGAAGUUUGCGGAACGAUACAUCGAGGGCAACGCGAACUCGACGUUCGCCAACGCUGAUACCGCAUAUAUCCUUUCGUUCUCCGUCAUCAUGCUCAACACGGACGCCCACAAUCCUCAAGUCAAGAACCGGAUGACGAAGGCUGACUUCGUGAAGAAUAACCGUGGGAUCAACGAUGGGCAGUCGCUUCCUGAAGAGCUUCUGCACGCGAUAUACGACGAUAUCGUGAACAACGAGAUCAGGAUGAAGGAUGAGGUCGACGCGAGCAUUGCGGCAGGUGUAGCCCCCACGGGUACUGGAAUCGCCAACGCUUUGGCGACUGUGGGGAGGGAUCUGCAAAGGGAGCAGUACAUGCUGCAGUCCAGCGGGAUGAUCAACAAGACUGAGGCUCUGUUCAAGACCAUGAUGCGCUCGCAGCGCAGAGGGGCCCGGACGGAAGACCAGUUUUACAGUGCCUCGCACUUCGUCCACGUCCGUCCCAUGUUCGAAGUCGCCUGGAUCCCCUUCCUCGCCGGAAUUUCCGGCCCACUGCAAGAAACCGACGAUAUGGAGACCGUCGAGCUAUGUCUUGACGGGUUCAAGAGCGCGAUCCGCAUCGUCUGCUUCUUCGACCUCGAGUUGGAGCGUAACGCGUUCGUGACGACGCUCGCUAAGUUCACGUUUUUGAACAACUUGGGUGAGAUGAAGGCGAAGAAUAUGGAGGCGAUCAAGACGUUGUUGGACAUUGCGGUGACGGAGGGGAAUAAUUUGAAGGGGUCGUGGCAUGAGGUGCUUUCGUGUGUGAGUCAGUUGGAACAUAUGCAGCUCAUUAGUAGCGGGGUCGAUAUUCCGGAUAGUCGGAAAGGGAAACCGCGCAAGCUUCCAAAUGAGGAGCUGGCGAAUGAGAGCCGUUCGACGCAUAUCACUGUUGCGGCUGACAUGGUCUUCUCUCUUAGCGGUUAUCUGUCCGGAACCGCGAUCAUUGACUUCGUCCAAGCUCUGUGCGAUAUCUCUUGGGAGGAGAUCCAGUCUUCCGGUCUAUCUCAGCACCCUCGACUGUUCAGUCUUCAGAAGCUUGUCGAGAUCUCGUACUACAACAUGAGUCGUAUCCGUCUCGAGUGGUCGAAUAUUUGGGAUAUUCUGGGCGAACACUUCAACCAGUGUUGUUGUCACAGCAAUCCGCACGUCGGGUUCUUCGCUCUCGAUUCCCUACGACAGCUCGCGAUGCGGUUCUUGGAGAAGGAGGAACUCACGCAUUUCAAGUUCCAGAAGGACUUUCUCAAGCCGUUCGAAUAUACCAUGACUCAUAACCAGAACCCGGAUAUUCGCGAAUUGGUCCUCCAAUGUCUUCAGCAGAUGAUCCAGGCGCGUGUGCAGAAUAUGCGGUCAGGUUGGCGGACGAUGUUCGGCGUGUUUUCAGCUGCGUCGAAGGUCCUCACUGAGCGGAUAACGAGCUCCGCCUUCGAGAUCGUCACCCGUCUGAACAAGGAGCACUUCGCCAGCAUCGUUCGAUAUGGCUCUUUCGCCGAUCUCACCGUCUGCAUCACCGACUUCUGCAAAGUCAGCAAGUACCAGAAGAUCAGCUUGCUCGCUAUCGCGAUGCUUCGUGGAGUGAUCCCGGUCAUGCUCGUUACGCCUGAGUGUGGCUUGACGGAGGCGGGUGGCCCAGCGGAUGGUGUUACGGACGAUCCCAUGAUUAAGUAUUGGUUCCCCGUGUUGUUCAGUUUCUACGACGUCAUCAUGAACGGAGAGGACCUCGAAGUGCGGCGGUUAGCACUAGAUUCGCUGUUCAGCACUCUGAAGACCUACGGUGCUGCCUUCCCCGUGGACUUCUGGGAUACCGUCUGCCAGGAGCUGCUCUUCCCCAUCUUUGCCGUCCUCAAGUCCAGCCAGGACCUUUCACGGUUCAGUACCCAGGAGGAUAUGAGUGUCUGGCUUUCGACGACUAUGAUACAGGCGCUGCGGGACUUGAUCGAUCUCUACACCUACUACUUCGAGAUCCUCGAACGUUUCCUGGAUGGUCUUCUUGAUCUCCUUUGUGUUUGUAUCUGUCAAGAAAACGACACGCUUGCGCGGAUCGGAACUUCGUGUCUGCAGCAGCUCCUGGAGAACAAUGUCAAGAAACUCAGUGCGGCUCGUUGGGAGCGUGUGGCGACUACAUUCGUCAAGUUGUUCAAGACCACGACGCCUCAUCAACUCUUCGACGAAAGUCUUCGGGUGGAAAUUGAUAGCGGGUCGCCUGAACCACAUGAUUCCACAGACUCGAAUGGCGAGACAAUCCUUCCCGCACCACUAUCACCGUCCCUCCACGAUAGUCAAAAAAUGAACGUCCGAUCGAAUCUCAAUGACCGACGACGGAUAUUCAAGCAGAUCAUUGUCAAAUGUGUUCUCCAGCUACUCCUCAUCGAGACCACGAACGAUCUUCUGCGGAAUAGCGAGGUGUAUAGCACCAUCCCGCCCGAGCAUCUUUUACGCUUGAUGGGUGUGCUGGACCACAGUUAUCAGUUCGCUCGGAUGUUCAACGAAGACAAGGAGUUGCGUACUGGGCUGUGGCGAGUUGGUUUCAUGAAGCACCUACCUAACCUUCUCAAGCAAGAGUCAAGUAGUGCUUCAACCCUCGUUCACGUUCUAUUGCGCAUGUACUACGAUCCUCGGCCAGAACACCAAGCGGCCAGGCCGCAAGUUGCCGAGCGACUAUUGCCGCUUGGUCUUGGCGUGCUUCAGGACUAUACCAAAUUGCGGUCGGAUACGCAAGCAAAAAACAUCGCCGCCUGGACACCGGUGGUUGGAGAGAUCCUCCAUGGUUUCUGUCGGUUCGACGACAAGGCCUUCAUGAGAUACCUGUCCGCCAUUUAUCCCUUGGCCGCGGAGCUCAUCGCCCGUGAGACCUCCCCACAGAUACGGGAGGGCCUUAGAGACUAUUUUGUUCGCGCUGGACGAUUGCAAGGCAUUCUGGACUCAUGA